ACUACUCAAAGUUUAGCACACAUCUGUCUAUGGAGCGGGCGAUGGAGCUGCUAUGCAACCUUGAUGACGAGGAACGCAGCAACCUGCGCUCCGCUCUUGGCAGGCUGGAUGCCGACAAGGAAAAAAAAUUAUACGAGAAAGUCGAUGGGUGCUUAACUGAGGAGUUCAACCUUCAACCUACAGACGACAACGAAGUCGUUUCUGGAGGCAACGAUCUUUUGGACACAACGGUCUCUGCUCGGAAGGCCCUAUCAACCUUCCACAUAACUGGCGACGAGGAUCAACACAGAAAAAAUAAGGAAACCAGCCAUACGUCAAGAAAUUCAAUCGGAACCACAGUAAGCUGUUCUUAUGUAAUUUAAGUCCGGAAAUCUUCAAUACGUUAACCAAUGCACGUGGCCGAGUAUAAAGAGGAACAUAAAACAUAACUGGAAAGCUUUGGAACACCUGCAUGUACGGAGUGACGAAACCCAACCUGGAGAAGAAGAACUUAAGCUGAUAAAAUUUUUUUUUCUUCGACAAAGCUCUUUAUGCUAGCUAAGAUAAGAAACUAAAAGCUAACUAUUAAUACUUGCGAACCUCGAGAGAAAACAAAGAAAUCUAAAAUGAACGAAAAUAGCUUAGCCGCAUUUAACUCAACAAUGAACUGCAUCAAGUUAAUACAAAAUUUUGAUGGUACUGAUACAAAUCAAUUGCCAGAUUUAAUUACACAAAUAGAAAAUAUCCUUCCUUCUUUUGAUGUUUUCGACACGAAUACAAAAAAUAUUUUGUUUGGCUUUAUAAAAAAUAAAUUUGUGGGAUUAUGCAGGCCAGUGAUUCAUAGGCAUGGAAAUAUGACAGAGUGGGAAAGUUUUAAACGUGUAAUUCUGAAAAAUUUCGGGGAAAAAGAAACAAGCGAUGUCUUAAUGGAUAUGUUAAAAUUGUGUCGAGUGGAAUCAACUAUAGAAGAAUAUUAUAACAAAAUUAAUGAAAUUUCGAAUAGGGUACACAACCGGAUACUGAUCCAUGACGACAAAACAUACACCACAUUAGAAGUGAACCGAAUUGCACUCCGCGUUUUUAGAGACAACUUGCCUGAACCUACAAAAACGUUAAUAUUCGCGAGAAACCCAAAUUCCGUAGAGGAUGCCUAUAAAAUCAUUGAAGAUGCUCGGCAUCAAAGCUACACAUUAUACGGACCAAUUCGAAGAAAUAAUAGGUACAAUAAACCCAACUUCAGAACCAAUUUCAGUAAUGAUAAUAGAAAUGUAAACGAACCAGUCGUUACAGAAAGAAGCCUUGAUGAAGCCAAUAGGUUUCAACAAAAUAAUGUUGAACAACAAGAAAAUUCAAGAACUGAAGGUACGCCUAGGGUAAAUAAUAGAAGGCAGGGAUAUCAAUAUCAAUCGAAUAAUAGCUCAACUUCUAAUUCUGCUCGUGUCUCAACAAAUAGUCGAAAUGUGCAAAGCUCUGAGCAAAGCAGGCGUAGUUUCGAGCCAAUGGAUAUUAAUCAAUCAAGUGUAAAUUUUCAGAUAGAGGAUCAAGACGAAUACCAUAUAUAGAAGUUCAAGGUAAAAAGAGGCCAUUAUUAUUUAUUAUUGACACUGGAGCAGAAUUCAGUGUAAUAAAUGAUAAUUUGUGUCACCCGAAGUGGAAAACAGACAUUGACAUAGAAGUAAAAGCAAUGGGAAACAAAAUUAAAAUAGGAAAAUUAUGCAGGUUUCCAUGUUUUCAAGAAUUUGAAGCUGAAGGUUAUAUUUGUGAAUUUCUAGAGUAUAAUUUUCACAACUAUUUCGAUGGGCUAAUUGGCUGUAACAUACUUAAUGACUUGCAUGCAGUCAUCGAUUACUCAAACAAAAAGAUUCAACUCAAUAAUGUUUAUUUAGAUCUUUUAGUUCAGGAAAACCACUUGGAUCUUGGCAUACAUAACUUAAUUCCAAUGAACUUAAUUUGUCCACAGGCCAGAUCCUCAAUAAAUGAGCUUAUACAAAAAUUCGAACAUAUUUUUUACAAAGAAGGCCAAGACCUAAGUUUCACAAGUGAAAUCAAACACAGGAUUAUUACAAAGAAUGAUCUUCCCAUUUAUUCGAAAACAUACAAAUACCCAGAAAUUCACAAAGACGAAGUUAACCGGCAAAUAGCAGAAAUGUUAGAUCAAGGAAUUAUAAGACACUCUAAAAGCCCAUAUAAUAGUCCUUUGUGGGUUGUUCAGAAAAAAAUGGACCAGUCCAAUAAGCAAAAGUGGCGGCUCGUCGUAGACUACCGUAAACUUAAUAAGGAAACCAUUGAAGAUCGAUUCCCGAUCCCAAAUAUAGACGAGAUUUUCGACAAAUUGGGCGACUGUAAAAUUUUUUCAACUUUAGACCUUGCAAAAGGUUUCUAUCAGAUAGAAAUGGACAACAAAGAUGUUCACAAAACAGCCUUUUCAACAACCAGUGGCCAUUACGAGUUCCUUCGUAUGCCUUUCGGACUACGGAACGCACCUUCAACAUUUCAAAGGCUAAUGAAUAAUAUCCUUAGCCCCUAUACCGGACAAUUUUGCAUUGUUUACAUGGAUGACAUCCUUAUAUUUUCUAAGAAUAUAGGGGAACACGUCAAUCAUUUAAGCUGUAUCUUCAGCUGUCUAUCUAAGGCAAAUUUAAAACUCCAAUCAGACAAAUGCGAGUUUGCCAGAGAGGAGAUUGAAUUUCUCGGACAUACCAUUAAUUCAGAAGGUCUAAAGCCAAGUCAGAAGAAAAUUGACGCAAUUUGUAAGAUAAAUUUACCGACAAACCAGAAACAAAUUAAAAGUUUUCUAGGCAUCACAGGUUAUUUGAGGCGCUACAUAAAAGACUACUCCAAAAUUGCCCAGCCCUUAAUAAAAUACUUAAAGAAAAAUUCUAAAAUAAACACACAUGAUCAAGAAUACGUAGAAGCUUUUCAAAAACUAAAAAUCCUAAUAACAAGCGAUCCGAUAGUCGUUUACCCAGAUUUUAACAAACAAUUCACGAUAGUUACAGACGCAAGUAACUAUGCAUUAGGCGCCGUGCUCAUGCAAGAUAAUAAAGUAAUUUCUUAUGCUAGUCGUUCUCUUAAAAAUCAUGAACUUAAUUACAGUACAAUAGAAAAAGAGCUUCUUGCAAUCUAUUGGUCAACAAAAUUCUUUAAAUAUUAUAUUUAUGGAAGAAAGUUUAUAAUUAAAACCGACCAUAGACCCCUAGUUUGGCUUAAUAAUCUAAAGGAACCCAACCUAAAGUUACAACGUUGGAAAGUGCAAUUAAACGAGUUUGAUUUUGACAUAACAUUUAUAAAAGGUAAAGAAAACGCUUUAGCAGACGGACUUAGCAGAAUUGUCAAAGCAUCAACAGAAGAGUAUGAUAAAAAUGCCCAAACAAAUAUAGAAAUUAAUAACUUAGAUAUAUUUAUGCUAGAGAACACUAACACAUUACCGGAAGUUACGCCUAAGACAAAAAUUAUAAAUGAAGAUUUCUCGAAAGAUCUAAUUCAUAUAUUUGCCAACGAUAUUGACGAUUUGGAAACUAUUCACAGUGCGGACUCAGACGAUCUUAAUUUUAUUAGUAUUACAACUAAUUGUCUAAACGUUUUUAAAAUCCAAAUACAAAUAAUAGAAGCGGAAAGCGAUUUAAGUACCUUCAAAAUUUUGCAUAACAAGAAAAUACGACAUAUCUUUAAAUCAAGCGGAAAUCAGGAAAAUAUGCUUAAGUUCAUGCAAGAGAAACUGCCAGAAAAAGGCUUAGUUGUAAUAUUUUGUGAAAAUUUAAGUUUAUUUGUAAAAUUUCAAGAAAUUUAUAGGCAGUAUUUUUCAAGUAAUAAAAAUUUAAGAAUUCUAAAGUCAGGUACAUUGUUAGAAGACAUAAAUGAUAAAGAAAAACUCCUGAAGAUUAUCGAAAACGAACACAUAAAGAAUAAUCACAGAGGCAUUAACGAAAUUUUUAUAUCUAUAAGAGAAAAAUACUAUUAUCCAAAAAUGCAAAAGUUUAUUCAAAAUUAUAUUAACAAUUGUAAAAUUUGUAAUUUAGCCAAAUAUGAUAGACAACCUAUAAAAUAUAAUUUUAAUAUUACAGAAACGCCAGAUAAAAUAAACGAUAUAAUUCACAUAGACAUCUGGUAUCCUAAAAGAAACAUUAUGUACGUUACAUCAAUUGACAAAAUGUCUAAAUAUGCCACUGCUCAACAUAUUAAAGACAGAUCUUGGAUUUCUUUGCUUAACGCAAUCAAAUUAAGAAUUCAAUACUUAGGAAAGCCGAAAAAGAUUGUAACUGAUAACGAAUUCGAUAUUGUCGUAAUUAAGCAAUUUCUCCUCGAAAAUAACAUAGAUAUACACUUUACAACUCCUUAUAAGAAAACUGGAAACUCUGAUGUGGAAAGAUUGCACUUAACCCUAAAUGAACAUAUGCGAUUGUAUAAUGCUGAUCCAAACAAUUUUGACACUAUUCAAGAAAAUGUUUAUAAAGCAAUUGUUUGCUAUAAUAACACAAUUCAUUCAACCACAAAUAUUAGACCGAUAGAUUUAUUUAAUAAUAUACUUUGUCACGAAGACAUCUCUAAACUAUCCGAAAAGCUAGUAAGAAACAAACAAACUUUAAAUGCAAAACAGGAUAACAUAAACGAGUCAAACUUCUCAAAUAUAUUUGUAAAAAAUAAUCAAGUAGGAAAAUCAAAUCCAAAAUAUAAAGAAAUAAGUAAUUACACUCAAUACGGUAACUACUUGAUUAAUAAUAAAGACAAUAAACGAAAAAUCUAUAAGGAUCAGGUGAAACGGAAAUAUAAAUAUCAAAAUGAAGAUUGUGAAACCUAACAUUUCUGUACUCCUAUUAUUUACAUAUGUAUUACUUAAUGAAAUAAUUUCAACCACAUACUUGAAACUUACGCUGGGGGAGUCAUGUAUACCCUUACAUACCCUCUUAUUAGAUUAAGUUAUGUUAGAAUACACAUGGCGCUAAGCUUUUUGUCUGAGCUUAGCUUUAUUUUUAGUGAGUAGAUAAGAAGACCUCGAUCUGUACACAUCAUUGAAUAAACCCUCAAUUUGUUAAGCGAAA